CCGCUUCCCCAGCGGCCGCCCGGGAAGGAGGAAGGCGGCCGCAUCCCGGCUGCUCUCCCCGGAACCUGCGCAUGAGCACCGCAUCGCGCCUCCCGCCCUUCCCUCCUCCUUCUCCUCCCUCUCCUUCUGCUCCGGCUCCGCGAGGGCCUGGCCGCCGCUCCGCGCCCCGCCCCGCCCCGGGGAUGCGCUGCUCGGCGGCCGCUCGUAGGAGCUGCGCGGCGGGCGGGGAGCGGGAUGGAGGUGGAGGAGGCGUUCCCGCUGGUGGGGCAGAUGGGCCCUUACCAGGUGUACCUGUGCGUCCUGCUGGCCGUGCUCCUCCAGCUCUAUGUGGCCACUGAAGCCAUCCUCAUCGCAUUGGUGGGUGCAGCUCCUCCCUACCACUGGGAUCUUCAAGAGCUCUCAGCUAAUCAGAGCCAUGGCAACCAUUCAGCGAGUGAUCAGAGAGCUUUUGGGGAAUGGCUUCUGACUGCCAACGGCAGCGAGGUGCAUAAGCAUGUACACUUUGGCAGCAGCUUCACAUCCAUAGUCUCUGAGUGGUUUUUAAUUGGCAAUGCAUCAUAUAAAGUCAGUGCUGCCAGUUCUUUGUACUUCAGUGGUGUGUUUGUUGGAGCCAUCUCCUUUGGCCAGCUCUCUGAUCGCUUUGGAAGGAAGAAAGUCUAUCUCACAGGUUUUGCUCUUGACAUCUUGUUUGCUAUUGCAAACGGAUUCUCACCCUCGUAUGAAUUCUUUGCCGUUUCUCGAUUCUUGGURGGGAUGAUGAAUGGUGGGAUGUCCCUGGUAGCCUUUGUCCUGCUGAAUGAGUGUGUGGGUACAGCCUACUGGGCAUUAGCAGGCUCUAUUGGUGGCUUGUUCUUUGCUGUGGGAAUUGCCCAGUAUGCUUUACUGGGGUACUUCAUUCGUUCCUGGAGGACUCUGGCAGUUGUGGUUAACCUGGAAGGCACAGUUGUCUUUCUUCUCUCUCUAUUCAUUCCCGAGUCCCCCCGCUGGCUCUAUUCCCAGGGCCGUCUGAACGAGGCAGAAGAUGCCCUCUACCUCAUUGCAAAGAGGAACCGCAAGCAGAAAUGCACUUUUUCAUUAAAACUCCCAGCAGAGAGGAGCUCCAGAGAGGCUGGCAGCUUUCUGGACCUGUUCCGAUACAGGAUUCUCUUGGGACGCACCUUGAUCAUGAUGUUCACCUGGUUUGUGUGCAGCUUGGUUUAUUAUGGUCUUACCCUUAAUGUGGGUGACUUAGGUGGAAAUAUUUAUGCCAAUUUAGCCCUGUCAGGCUUGGUAGAAAUCCCAGCRUACCCAGUCUGUAUUUACUUGAUUAACCAAAAAUGGUUUGGUCGGAAGCGAACGUUGAGUACAUUUCUGUUCCUGGGAGGGUUGGCUUCUCUUAUUGUCAUGUUUCUGCCUAAGAAGAAGGAUACUGGAGUGUUUGCAGUGGUGAAUAGUCACUCUCUGUCUUUGCUGGGAAAACUGACAAUCAGUGCUGCUUUUAAUAUUGUCUACAUUUACACAUCAGAACUUUAUCCCACAGUCAUCAGGAAUGUUGGAAUGGGUGCCUGCUCCAUGUUUUCCCGUGUUGGUGGAAUCAUUGCGCCYUUUGUCCCUUCAUUGAAAUCUAUACAGUGGUCUCUGCCUUACAUUGUGUUUGGAGCAACUGGUCUGUUGUCUGGGCUCUUAAGCUUGUUGUUGCCAGAGACCUUAAACAGCCCUUUGCUAGAAACUAUUUCAGACCUGCAGGUGUGCUCRUACUGGAGGCUGGGUGAUGAAGCCAUGUCUUUGCAAGCCCUGGAUGGCUCACAGCCUGGAGACAAGGACAGUUCUACAGGGAGUGAAGAUGAGGAGUUUUAUGAUGCUGAUGAAGAGACUCAUAUGAUCAAGUAAUGAAAAGAAGAAACACUGGCCUAAUAGAUGCCUUUUCUUGUCCAGUCAAUCCAGCUGUAUGACAAGUACUGGGGACCUUGCUUGUCAGGGAMUGUAACUGGGCAAGUGCCUGUGUUUUUCCUUACUAAGAGAGGGAUUUGAGUACUGUUCAGACUGAUGACAUCUCUGAUGCUCUCCAUAUGGGGCAGCCAUUCCAAUUCUUGUGAUUCAGAAUGACAGUGCACAGACUGCAUUUGAAGCCAGGUGAGACAGCAAGAGUGGGAUGAUGCAUUUCAGAAGCCCAGGAAAUAACUUAGGCUUAGACAGCUUUGGACUGCACAAGUUAUUUUAUUUUCAGGGUUGGUGGAUUUUUGUUUUAAUACAAAUUGAUAAACUUGAAAAAAACCACUGUUUUUUCUCAUAGGGUGAAAGGGGUCAGAGAAUGUGUUGUUUGCUACUCCARUGGGAGCAAAUUCCUGAAAUUAUAUGCUAAAGUGGCUUUUGUAUAUUCAGUAGAGGAGAGGCAUCUGAACAUAGGGUUUCUUUGUGUGCACACCUGGUUAGUCAUGAGCUGGGSUUUAACUUAGUGAUAAUGGAAGGCUGGGAGGAAGGACUACACAAAAGAGCAAGCCUGCAAACAUAAGGAACAUUACUGACUUCUUUUGCCCUUUUCAUAUACAAAGCUUUUUCUURGUCUCUCUUGUGCAUUUGUUUGCCUCAUGUUCCCCACAUCUCAGCACUGCUGUUUGUAACUUUGCCUACUUUUACCUUCUCCUUACUUUGCCAUAAAUACUGAAGCUCAGCAACUUMUCUAUGGAGUGAAAUAAUUCUGUGAUGGAUUUAAUUUCCUGGGUGCGACAAAGGUGAGGUAUUUAUCACAUGCUGUGUGUGUGAGGUAUGUUAGAAUGUAUAGCUCUCUUUUGUGGACAUAUCUGUGUUUUUAUUUAUGGAAAAUACUUAACUCUGAAGUGAUAAGAGGAACUGUGGRGUGCUGUUACAUUUUGGGCAUUAUUGUCAGGAAGCUGCUAGUGUUCAUUUAGAAAUUUUAUGUGUAGAUAAGGUUCUCAUUUAAAAAGAAAACAAAUCUCUUUGGACUUCUUUGGUUUCUUGAUGUUGUUUAAUCGGUGCUUGCUCAAGCACCUGCUUUCUUGUCCUUGUUAAGGAAAACAACUUCGCUUUCCUGUUUUUACUGAACUUUCUGUAAGUGCUUCAUUAGAGGGAUAUGGAAUCUUGAAAUAUGAAACACGAACGUAUGAAAUACUCCAACUACAAAACAUGAGGCCUUACAAAGAUUCAGUUUUCUUGAUGACAUUCAUCUUUGUCAUCUAACCUGUGACGUUUUCUUUGUUAAGACUGKGUUCCAUAAAGUGUUUGUUAGUCUUCCUACUUGAGUUCCUAGCAAAGUGCCACACAAUGGCAGCAAAUAUAUUUUCAGGCUCACAAGCCAUUUUUGUAGAUUUARAAUUAAAAAAGGUGGGACUAAAAAUAUCAAAAAAAUGUCUGCUGAAUAUUUCCUGGUUAAACUAGGAUGUUCCUUUACUCUGCAAAGAAAUGAAAGUAAACAGCAUCUGAAGUUUGCAGCUAGCUGCUUGAACUUUGUUCACUGGGAACUGUAAUGCUGGGUAAAGUGCCACUGCCCUGGUUGGGGCAGAGGGCAGCCCAGAGGCUGCAGUUUCACACAUGCACCCUUCCUACUGGGUCUGAGCUUGAGCCAGGCAUUGUCUGUAGGCAAAGUUGGGAACUUCAGUUUCUUUGGACAGUGUAUCAAUAUCAUUGUGAUUUUUGCCUGUAUUAUAAAUUUCACUGGCAGAAUUCUCACCCGUGGUGUUCACUUUUUUUUGUCCCCAGCGUGUUGAAUAGUUGUAUAUGUGGCACUUUUAAACYCAGCUGGGUAGUCUUUCUGCCUUAUUUGGCCCUCUUGUAUAUMAGAAAAUUUCACCAAAUAAGGUACUCAGAAAUAGUUUAAAAGGUUGAAUUUUUUCAAAUAUUUUUAAAUUUUUUUAUUCACAUGUUAAUAUAUGGGCAGUUGGRAAUAUGACUUUUUGUUGCUGAUGGUGAACAGCAUUAAGCCUCCCAGCAUUAACAUGUUGCCAAGAACCAACAGUUGUUUUUAGGUGUUUGUUGCCUCUGUCCCUUUUCAGGUGUUGGGUGGGGUAAAGUCGCUUAAGAGGCAGACAGGAAAUGUCAUUAUCUGCUCCUAUCAAUACUGUAAUGCCACAAGACACUUSAAUAUAAUUUUCAUUAACAGGAAGAUUUGGUAAUGGUUCAGGUGGAGAAGAUUACUCUUUGCAGGACCUGAGCUAAAUUUUGUGAGUCUUCAACUUAAAAUAUAUACCUCUCCACUCAUGCACUUUUAUGUCAUUGGUACACAUAUUUAAAACAGCAAAAACAACAGUGAAGACAAAAUUAGCUCUUUUUUUGCAUAGGAAUUGCUGCUCUUAUUUUAACCUUAAAUCUGUCCCAUGUUUUCAUGUUUGUUUGUUUGUUUGUUUUUUAAUUUUAAAGGGAGUAUUUUAAAAGGAAUUUUCAGUCUUCCAUUGUUUCUCAUAGCAGUUCAUUUAGAGAGUGUAGAGGAAAGAAUCCCUGCUGGAGGAACUCAGCAAUAUAGUAUCUGACUUUACUCUCCAGCUUUGUGUUCUGAAGUUCAAAUCCAUUCAGUGCAUUAACUUUAUUUUCUGAGGCUAUUCAUUUUUGAUAUGAGUGGCUUUCUGGUACAGAAACCUGCUCUUUUUUUU